GUCCCAACCCAUACAGUCCCCCAUACCUGCCGAUCCCAUCGCUCAAGCACGUGCUUCCACGUAUACACAAUACAUAUAUAACCCCCCACCACACAGCACUCUUCUUCCACCAUAACCCAAACUCUCUCUCUAACAUGGCUUCAUCAACCCCUCUUCUGGUGGAUGAACUUGACAUCGUGAUACCCACAAUCCGAAACCUGGACUUCUUGGAGAUGUGGAGGCCAUUCUUUCAGCCAUACCAUCUGAUCAUUGUUCAAGAUGGUGACCCAUCAAAGGUUAUCAAGGUCCCUGAGGGCUUUGACUAUGAGCUUUACAAUCGCAAUGACAUUAACAAGAUUUUGGGUCCUAAGGCUUCUUGUAUCUCCUUCAAGGACUCUGCUUGUCGUUGUUUUGGCUACAUGGUGUCCAAGAAGAAGUAUAUCUUUACGAUUGAUGAUGAUUGCUUUGUUGCGAAAGACCCAUCUGGCAAGGACAUAAAUGCACUUCAACAGCACAUUAAGAACCUUCUCUGCCCAUCCACUCCCCUUUUCUUCAACACCCUCUAUGACCCUUUCGCAGAGGGUGCAGAUUUCGUUCGUGGAUAUCCUUUCAGUCUUCGUGAGGGUGUCCCAACCGCUGUUUCUCAUGGCCUCUGGCUCAAUAUCCCCGAUUAUGAUGCACCUACACAGCUUGUCAAGCCUCGCGAAAGAAACACCAGGUAUGUGGAGGCGGUACUGACAAUCCCCAAGGGCACCUUGUUUCCUAUGUGUGGGAUGAAUCUGGCAUUUGACCGUGAGCUCAUAGGCCCUGCAAUGUACUUCGGGCUUAUGGGAGAUGGUCAGCCAAUUGGGCGAUACGAUGAUAUGUGGGCUGGCUGGUGUACCAAGGUGAUAUGUGACCAUUUGGGGCUCGGAAUCAAGACAGGGCUGCCCUAUAUCUGGCACAGCAAAGCAAGCAACCCAUUUGUGAACCUGAAAAAAGAGUACAAUGGCAUCUUCUGGCAAGAAGAGAUCAUCCCAUUCUUCCAAGCAUCCACCCUUCCAAAGGACUGCACUACUGUUCAGAAGUGCUACAUUGAACUGUCCAAGCAGGUUAAGGAGAAGCUUGGGAAGGUAGACCCUUACUUUGUCAAGCUUGCGGAUGCCAUGGUGACAUGGAUCGAAGCUUGGGAUGAGCUCAACCCGGCUAAAGGCUCUGCGAAACUGGCCAAUGGCUUGGCCAAGUGAAAGUUUUGAUUACCAGUAUCAGCUUUUAUUUUUCACUAGUCAUGAGAAGUACAAUCCUUUAUAUUAAUGUCUUGUUUCAUAUCAAUGCUUGGAUUUCCAGGUUUUAUAUGCAAUGUUUUAUUGACUUCAGGAAACAAUAAACGACAGUGGAUUUUGCUUUGAGAUAGAAUUAUACUUGCUUCUUUGAUAGAUGGAGUUUGGGAU